UUGAGUAUUAUAGUGUGUAGCAGUGUAGGAAAUUGUGAUCAAAAAUGGCGGAUGAUGAAGACCAACAACAAGCGCCAGCGAGUCAAACUGUUGAAGAGCCUUUGGAUUUAAUUCGCUUGAGUUUAGACGAGCGUGUGUACGUCAAAAUGCGCAAUGAGCGCGAGUUGCGUGGACGACUGCACGCGUACGAUCAGCAUUUGAACAUGGUGCUGGGAGAGGUGGAAGAAACGGUCACGGCUGUCGAAAUUGACGAGGAAACUUACGAAGAGAUCUAUAAGCAGACCAAGAGGACUAUCCCAAUGCUCUUUGUCAGAGGAGACGGUGUCAUCUUGGUCUCCCCUCCACUAAGAGCUGGAGCAUAGAGAGGCAGAGUGGCCAUGAAAAGAUUUGGAAAAAAAUCGAACUCAUCGGGAAUUUUGAAAUUUUCAAAAAUGGUGCUCUGAAUCGUUAGGGACAUUGUAAAAUAAUGUCAAAAAAAGAAGAAAAACUAUUAACAAGGGAACUAUUUCAUUGUUGUUGUGUCCUUUUUUAAGUAAAUU